AUGCAGCAAAAUAAAAGUGUAACUGAGUUCAUACUGUUAGGAUUGACAAAGAGUCCAACAAGGCAGAAAAUGGUGUUCGUAAUCUUCUUCAUUUUCUAUACUGGAACAGUAGUGGGAAAUUUGCUUAUUAUUUUGACUAUCAAGUUCAGUCGGUCUCUUGGGAGUCCCAUGUAUUUUUUCCUAUUUUAUUUGUCCUUAACUGAUGGCUGCUUUUCGACUUCCAUAGCCCCGAGAUUAAUGGUGGAUGCUCUCUCUGCAAAGAAAGUCAUAUCCUACAAUGAAUGCAUGACACAGGUCUUUGCACUUCACUUCUUUGGCUGCAUGGAGAUCUUUGUCCUUAUCUUCAUGGCUGUUGAUCGCUAUGUAGCCAUUUGUAAACCCUUGCGUUACCCAAUCAUCAUGAGACGACAAGUCUGCAUCACCUUAAUUGUUUUUGCCUGGAUAGGUUCUUUUAUACAUUCUAUAGCUCAGAUUGCCCUUGCCUUAAAACUACCCUUCUGUGGUCCCAAUCUGAUUGAUCAUUAUUGCUGUGAUUUGCAGCCCCUGUUAAAACUUGCUUGUAUGGACACUCACGUGAUUAACCUAAUGUUGGUGUCCAAUAGCGGAGCCCUUUGCUCAAUCAGUUUCUUGUUUCUGAUAAUCUCUUAUUUAGUUAUCUUGCAUUCAUUGAGAAAUCACAGUGCAGAAGGAAGGAAGAAAGCCCUUUCCACAUGCACCUCCCACAUCAUUGUAGUCGUCAUCUCUUUUGGUCCAUGCAUAUUCAUAUAUACAAGGCCACCUGUCACUUUCCCCAUGGACAAAAUGGUGACAGUAUUUUAUACAAUUGGGACACCAUUCCUCAACCCACUCAUCUAUACACUAAGGAAUGCAGAAAUGAAAAAUGCCAUAAGAAAGUUAUGGAGUAUCAACAUUACCUCAGCAUAUUUAUGA